AUGUAUGCUACUCGAGUUGCCAAACCCAAACUCUCCCUCAAUAUUAAGGUCGCGAGCGGUGUUACUGCGCUCUCUAUUCCGUCUCCAGCAUCAAAGGCCAUUCCAAGAACGCCGCUCUCACCCGCUCCACGAAGCCCAACGACAAUGAACACCGCCCGCAACAGAAUAACUAGCCACGGUCAUCUUUCUCCCAUGCCACAGCAGGCGAGUUUCACAUAUUCGAAUACCAGCUCGACGAAAAGUAUUUUAAAGAAGAACUCUGCUCUUGCAAAUGCCUCCACCGCAAAGAGAAAGAUUCAGUUUAUUGGAGAGCCAACCGUGCACUGCGUGACGCCUAUCGAGAAUCCAGAUGAGUACUACGGCUCGUAUUCAAUCGAGAUAUCAGAAGGCGGUCAAUCUCUCCAGACUUUAUCCUACUCGGAACACCAGGAAACACACAAAUACCGGCUCACCUGCCGCUCCUUAGGGCUAUCAAUGCUGUCAUUGCGGGCAGCAUGCAGAAUUGUCUAUCCCCAGAGAAUACUGCCGGCUCGACGCCAUGCCCAACUUCGACAGCUUUUGACCCUUGCCAUUGAAUCAUCUUGUGACGACACGUCCGUCGCCAUCGUUGAAAAACAUGGCAUGACAUCUACCUCUGUCCACUUCCUCGAAAAUAUUACCGCGGACUCAAGAGAAUAUAGAGGCAUUCAUCCGAUCGUGGCGCUUGGCUCUCACCAGCAAAAUCUUGCUAAAUUAGUACAGAAAGCCCUUCGAUACCUCCCACCCGCCAAUGAAGACGAUGGCAAUGGACGGUUCAUAGAUAUUUUACCUGCUGAUGGUGCCUUGGCCCCCGUGCGUAGAAGGAAGCCGGAUUUUAUUUCUGUGACUCGAGGACCCGGGAUGCUCUCCAGCUUGACUACAGGAGUGGAUACUGCGAAAGGAUUGGCGGUAGCAUGGCAGAUUCCCUUGGUAGGGGUGCACCAUAUGCAGGCCCAUUUGCUGACUCCAAGAUUGGCGACCGCACUUGAACCGUCUGCGGAAGCGAUCACGGUCUCAAAGCGAGUUGAAUUUCCAUUCUUGUCCCUCUUGGUGUCUGGUGGUCACACGCUACUAGUACACUCUAGGUCUAUUGUUGAUCAUGAGAUUCUCGCUUCCACAGUUGACAUCGCCGUUGGAGAUGCUCUUGAUAAGAUUGGAAGAAUUGUAUUGCCUAUGUCAUAUUUGAAGAACUCUCCAACAACAAUGUACGGCAAAGCUCUGGAAUCAUUUGUUUUUCCGAAUGGAAAGACGGACUAUGCAGGUUACAAACCGCCAGCCUCUCGUGGAGAAGAAAUUCCACGGCGCCAAAAUGUACAAUGGGGCUGGUCCUUUACCUUACCCUUUAGCGAAAAGAAGAUACUUGCAUUCUCAUUUUCAGGGUUGGUAUCAGAAGCCACCAAACAAACGGAAGACUACAAAGCCAUUUGGAAGGAAAUGAACAAUGACGGCGGGAGUGCCGAUGAUUGGCUUCCUUACGACGCCCGAGUCGCCCUCGGAAGAGAGUUCAUGAAUGUUUGCUUCGAGCAUCUGGCCUCGCGGACUGUGCUAGCUCUACAGUCGCUACAGCAUCCGUCGGGAUUUGAACACCUGAAUAAAAAGAAUCGCAGGAAAAUGGAUCGUAAGAACGCGAAAGGACAAGCUCAAGCCAAGAGCCCUGUGAAGACGCUUGUUGUGAGUGGCGGUGUCGCCGCGAACCAAUUCUUACGGAACCUUCUUCGAUUGUUCCUGGAUGUCCGUGGCUUUGAGGACAUUGACAUUGUUGCGCCACCAAUGUAUUUAUGCACAGAUAAUGCGGCAAUGAUUGGCUGGGCGGGAAUUGAAAUGUUUGAGGCGGGUUGGAAAUCCGAUUUGAAGUGCCGGGCAUUGAAGAAAUGGGCUCUUGAUUCCAGAGCUGAUGAUGGCGGAAUUUUGGGACCUGAGGAUUGGAUACGGCGCGAAUAA